AGCACAUUGAGAUUAAAAAUCUCUUUUACAAGAGCGUCCUGGAUAAACAGUACACAGCUCACAUGGGUUUAACAACUAACAUCCAUACAUAUGUACAUACACACAAGCAAAUUAAACCUAUAAAAUGAAAAGAAUAUCAAUACAUAACUAGUCAAAACAACUACAGCCUAAUGUUUCCGUCUCCAAGUCAUUUAAAAUCCUUUUAAAAUUGUCCAAUGAAACCAAUGAAAUUGCUCCCUAAUUUUCAACUUAAUUUGCACAUUAUUCCAGGCGGAGGGAGCAGCAAAUUUAAAUGCCCUUUCCCCCAAUUCAGUACGUACUCCUGGAACAGACUGUAAGAAAAAAUCCUGGGACCGAAGGCUAUAAUUUCCAACAUGUUUUAUGUUGGAAAUUAUACCUAAGACCAGCAAACCACCUUAAGUAUUUUUCUUAAGCGGAAAGUAUCUUAAGUGUCUUAGUUUUCAUUGUAAUUAUUUAUCCGAAUGUUCUCAGAAGAUCAUUGACUCUUAAUUAAACGUGCAUCUCUUUGGAAGGCCACUUGUAAUGAAUAACCUAUUCGCGACCACAUAUCAUGUGUCGCGCGCUAAAGAGCACGCGCUUGAGGAGCUUUGUGCUCGCGAUGCUUUGGUGCACACCUGACAGCCGUCAAAUAGUUCAAGAAAACAGAUUAAUUAGUAAUGUGUUGAAACAUUAUUAUCGCAGAUAUGGUUGUGUGUGGGCUUGUGAGAGAGAGAGAGAGAGAGAGAGAGAGAAGAAAGAGAGCGAGAAAAGCUAGAGCGCGCGCUCUCAACUGCCCCUGGGCCGUUGCGGUUGCUUAGUUGCGCGGUGUUUAACUACUGUAGCAGGUCACUUGAAACACAAAAACAAACCAACGAGGAACACGUGUUUAUUUCAAGAGGGUCGUCGGCCUUUGUCAUGUAUAUUAUGUUGUGAAUAGACCAUCUGGAGUACCAGCUAUCUCACAGAGGAACUGGAGUAAUUGCAGUUAAUUUAAUGAGGAUUUUUUUUCUGCGUGAUGUGUAGCUUUUUACUUUGACAGAUGUAAAUUUACGACAUGCAGUUAGGAAUUCUCGCGUCGUCAUGGUAACCAUCCGAAGUUAAACAAUAAAGUCACUCAGAAGUCGUGCGCUGUGUGAAUAAACGUUUAUAAAGUCAUGAAUAAGAAGAAUAGAACAGUAAUGUGGGGAAGGGAUAUUGCUUGCAAAAGAAAUGGACAUGGAAUCCAGGAAUGGCCCGAUGGAUGUAAAUAUGAGGGGGAAUUCGUAAAUAACCUGAAGCAUGGCACUGGUGUAUUCACAUGGGCAAAUGGAGAGUUUUAUAAAGGUUCAUUUUUUAAGGAUUAUCGGCAUGGCAAAGGCAUGUAUUCCUGGCCGGAUGGAUCCAAAUACACAGGAAACUUUUAUCUGAACCGAAAAGAAGGAUAUGGAGUGCAUGUUUUCCCAGACAGAUCAACCUUUGAGGGUCUGUAUCAUGCUGAUAAACGCUUUGGCCCUGGAAUCAUGACAUACCUUGAUGGACGACAGGAUGUGGGCCUUUGGCACAGAGAGGUGUUACUGCGAAUAUGCACCACACUGGAGGACGGCUUCAGUCUGGAGGACUUCCCAGAACACAUGACCAGACUGCCUAAAAAACACCUGAAACAACCUCACCUUCCUCCCGAUGUGGAGUGGAGUACAGAUGGCGGCCCCCUCGAGUCCGAUCAGGGGUUAUCAGAGGACGAGGAACGUUUCAUCCUGCCUCCAGACACUGAGAGCUACUCCACAGACUCAGACCAUCUCCCCAUCCCCAGGUGUCUACGUCGGGAACUGGACCUUCACUUUUUUGGCAGGAGUGACAUCAGCACAGAGCAGCGAUCAGCAUUGACAGCCUUGACGCUACAGCAGCGCAUGAAUGCACACAUUCAGAGACACAGAUUUGAGACAGAAACAUUAGACUGGGAUGUCACUGCAGUUCUGAAUAUGAACAGGACUCAGUUUGGACCCAAAGGUCCCCUGGAACUGAACUCAGAGAAACUGAUCAAGGAAGCUUCACAUGGUGAAUGUAGGAAUGUUUAUCGAAUCCUCAGAGAUGGAAAAGUCCAUCCCGACGUGAGUGAUGCACGGGGACAUACAGCUCUCAUAGCAGCCACGGUGCAUUGUCAUGAUGAUGUCAUCCACAUGCUGUUGGACAGCGGGGCCGAUGUUAAUAAGCUAAAUGAUGAAGGCAUGUCUGCUCUGGCUGUCUGUAAUGUCCUCUACUACCCACUUCAGUCUUUACAUGAGACACUGGCUGAGAAAGUGACCCAGAAUAUCAGCCCAGAGCCACAGCCUUUGGAAGAUGUCUCCCAUAAAUCCUCUCCAGAUCCAAUGACAGGAACACCCAAAGAUGAAAGCGGCCAAGAGACAUUUGAGACACCAAGACAGACCAACCAGGUUGACCAAAGUCUUGAACCAGAGAACCUCAUUAACUUGGAGAAACUCGAAGCUCAAGAGCAAAUCAUUGAGGUCAUAAAUGAAGAUCAACUUGACCAACCAGAAGGCUUUAACAACUCUGAGGAACCUCAAGUUCAUUAUCAAAUCAAUGAAAAUACAGACCCAAACAAGAAGAUAGUUCUUCAGCCUGAACAUGAACAAGACAGACCAUCAGUAGAACCACUUGAUAUCAUUUCAAGAUCUAUUCAAGUCUUUGAUGGUACAAUUGCAGUGGGUUCUGUGUUGUGGCAAGAGAGGAAAGCAAAGAGUGUUGUUGACUCUGAAGAAGAGGUGACAAAUCUGGAGUUUGAAGAAAAACUAGAGAGGAGCAUCAGAUCCGAUGACCUUUACUUUGAUUCUGCAUGUUCUCUUGCUAGUUUUCACAUUGACGUCACAGACGAGAUCCUGCAAAAGAGUGCUGAGAUCCUGUGCCAGACAGGAACAGUGACUAUGACAGACACCCAAGAGACGGUCCGGAAAAUGGCACUUCUUAAAACAGAACAUCGGAAUCGAUGGAUUACAAUUAAUCUACUGUUGGAGAGAGGAGCAGACCCAAAUGCCUCUACUGUCCCCAUGCCCAUCAUCUUCCUGGCUAUCAAAGCUGCCCAUGUCAAGGGUGUCCGUCGUCUACUGGAGUGCGGGGCUCGUACAGACAUACCUCUACUUCCAGAGCAAAGGGGUCUGUACCCCCUUCACAUAGCAGCAGGUUUGCCUGGAGCAGAGGGUCCUGAAAUCACACAGCUCCUCUUGCAUGCCCUAGCGGACCCUGACGUCAAAGCUCAGGAUGCCAAUGAAGUCUACGAGUUUGAUAAGAACACGUUUGAGCACCAGGCCUUUGAGAAUCAGCAUUUCAUGGCCUCUAGACCCCUGGCUAAGUUCAAUGAAGCCCCCGUCGAGUUUCCUCAAGAAGGUGGGAGGACACCACUACAUGUGGCCUGCCAAAGAGACAGUGAUUAUGCAAAUGCUAGAGAUGUGGUUGCACUUCUCCUUUCUCACAAAGCAAGCCCCAAUGAUGUGUGGAGUGGCCAUUCACCCCUGUCUCUGGCCAUUGCAAGUGGCAACGACCUUGCUGUGGAUGAACUGCUGGCCGGAGGGGCUGAUCCUAAUCUUCCUCUCACCCGUCAUGUGGGCAGUGCCCUCUGUGCCCUUGCCAACAUCAACUACAACCAUGGGCCACAUCCACGCAACCAAGUCAAGCUGCUGGAAAAGUUGAUCAAAUCUGGCGCUGACAUCCUCAUGCCUGUCGUGGUGGUCGAGGGACGCAGGUGCGCUGUGGGAACAGUCGUGGAUUAUGCGCACUGCGCAUUCCAACAGAACCAGCGCAUGGCCCACACCCCGUAUCAUGCCCUCAACAAGUAUGAGAGACAAACCUUUAAUGCCCGCCGGCAGUUGCUAGGCCUCAUGGGAGAUCUGCUGAGACAGGCAGCAGUCAGAAUGGAAACACGCCGCAUGGAGAAGGAAAGGAGCCAAGGCGUACUCAGUGUCAGUCCCUCAGAGAAGUUUGUGUAUACUGGAGCAGGGGCGACACCGAGUCUCCUGAGCUCUCCUGAACAGAACAGCAAGACUUCCUUUAAAAAAUGCAUCAGUCAGAGAGUGCAGAGAAAGCCUCGCUUCAAAUAUUGCUACCAGUGCGGCCGUUCGGUGGGUGUGCAGCUUAUGGCCUGUAGCCGCUGUCAUGAGGUCUUUUACUGUAGCAAGACCUGCAAAAUUAAUGCAUGGGAUGAACGCCACAGAGACGAGUGUGUCCGUUUGCCAGUUGUCAGUGGAAAAAGCAGCAGAGAUAAAUGUGCAUCCAUCGGACCACGUUCACCUGUGUCGACCAAAGAAGCAAAAGGCAAGACCUUCCAUCUGAGCGUGACCCCAAAAAUACAAGAGUAUGACCUGAAUGAAAAUUACAGUUUUAUUUAGAAUGCAUUUAAAAGGCCAAUUGGACAUUAGUUAUGUACGUUUUCAGCUUCACAUUUAAAUUUUCUGAAAAGAGCAAGGAUUUAAAACUUGAGCAAGAAUAUGACUUUUUAAAAAAGUCAAGGUCUAUUAAUAGAAAUUCUUUGAAAAGACAGACAACAUCCAUUUUGUUUGAACAACUGUGCAUGUUUAUUACGUAAAACAGACCAAAUUUACAAAUUCAAACCUCAAAUAAAACGCUAGUCCUGAAAUAUAUCAAAUGUUCCAUUACACACAUCUCUGUCUCUCUCGAAUGAGCGUUUGCUCAAUCCGUCACUGUCACAUGAAACACAUUACGCUUGUGUUUGAGCCCUUCUCAAUGUCCAUUCAUUGAGUCAUGCGAUCGACUAAGAGGAUACAAUGUGCUUUUCAUUUACCGGACAACCGAGUACAAAAACGAACCUUCCUGUGACAGAGAUUGUACACUACAUCAUGUACAUUCUCAACUGUGUUUACAUUCCACAACGUUUUAAACCAGGUCCUUGUGGAUUCAGCUUUAGUUGUGCAUCAAAAAAAGGAGUCAUUAGAAACAAAUAUCAGAAACAUGAAGAUAGUUUGACACAUUUAAAUGCAACAUUUAGGAACUAGAUGCUGAUAUUGUCCAAGACAUUUUGUAGGAAUGUUUUUUUUUUUUUUUUUUUUUACAUGUUUGUCUGAUCAAAAGUUCAGAAAAA